AUCAAUCAAAACACAAAAACACAUCAAAACUCAUAUAAACAAAAAUAAAUUCUAAAAAAUAUGGCAGACAACAAGCAAAGCUUCCAAGCCGGUCAAGCCGCUGGUCGUGCUGAGGAGAAGUCUAAUGUGCUAGUGGACAAGGUCAAGGAUGCUGCUACCUCUGCUGGAGGGGCUGCUCAAACCGCCGGACAGAAGAUAUCAGAGACCGCAGGGGGAGCUGUUAAUGUUGUGAAGGAGAAGACUGGCAUGAACAAGUAGUGGACUAGAAAUCAAAUUGGGAUGUUGUAUAAUGAUCUUUUUAAAUUAAUUGUUGUGGUCUUAAAUAAAUUUGGGAGUUCUAAUUGAUUCUCACCUUCUUCGUACUUAUUUUUGUUUGUUGUUGUUGUUGUGUUUACUGUUUUAAUGUUUGGAUUAAUGUUUCUCAAGUGUAUGUUUGGAUGUUAAUGUAUUUAGCUUCCCGUUAAAAAACAUGUAAUUUAAGUUCCAA